ACGACUCUUGAAAAACAAGAGCAGGGGAGCCAAGCUGAGGUAACUCGCCGGGUCUGUAGGAAGAAUCCUGACAGCAGAAAUCGGGGAAACGAAUGAGAAAGCAAUCGAUCACAGCCUAUUGAUCACCAAAUUGUCUUUCUAUUUAAACGUUGACGAAAGUACACAGAUGGACAACAGAAAUGCCCCUGAAGAUAAACCUGUCCAGCGCUCCAAAUCCUUCAGCUUCAAGACACCGAGGGAGGUGUGCUCGUCAUGUGAGAAGACCGUCUACCCCAUGGAGAGAUUGGUGGCUAACAACCUGAUAUUCCACUCGGCCUGUUUCUGCUGCAAACACUGCAACACCAAACUCAGCCUGGGCACAUUUGCUGCCCUUUCGGGUGAUUUCUACUGCAAGCCGCACUUCCAGCAGCUCUUCAAGAGCAAAGGCAACUAUGAUGAGGGCUUUGGCCGCAAGCAACACAAGGAGCUUUGGACCUCCAAGGAGGGAGAGAACAUAACUAAGACUGCGUAGCCACGCCUGUCUGUGUCCCAACCGCUCUCCCACGGGAAAGGCUAUACGGACACUCCUGACCUGCAAACCAACUUUUAUUUUCAGAAUUGGUAACGGUCAGGGUUAGUUUUAGAUUUUGGGUAGUUUUGCAGGUCAGCAGUAUCCUACUGGCAUUUCCCAUCUCAUCCCCAAAGCUGCCUCGUCUCCACCUCCAACGUGCAUAAUAGAGCACCAACGUGUCAUGAGGGGUGCAGUCAACGCUCCUGUGCGCUCGCUCCCCAUGGAAGACACACACCCACUAUGACUGGCCGGUCACGCUCCCCAUGGAAGACACACACCCACUAUGACUGGCCGGUCACGCUCCCCAUGGAAGACACACACCCACUAUGACUGGCCGGUCACGCUCCCCAUGGAAGACACACACCCACUAUGACUGGCCGGUCACGCUCCCUGUUGCUCUGAAUUUUAUUUAGUGGGGUGUUUAUUCCUUUCAUUUGGUUAUAGUAUCAUUUUUAUUUUAUAUUUGCUCUUUUGAAAUUGUUAAUUGUGACCAAACUGCUUAUUCACAAACCAGUAUGUUUUUGCUGUCUUUUUGAGGACUACACAAUUGUUUUCUUGUUUAUUUUUCAGAUAAAUUUGCACCCUUUUGACGCAAGGGACCGUAUGCUCAGGUGAACAUAUGGUUAGAGAAGCUGGAGUUCACCCUCAGCUGUAGAACUUACUCAGGUCAACCAUACUGAGCUAGGUUCAUUAGCACGUUUGUAUUUUAUGACCUCUUUUUAGUUCCAUAUAGUCAAUUAAAUCUAACGGCAAUUUUAAAGACCAGUCCUCUGCAUUGCGGUAGCACCUGCGGAAGCCUAUUUGUGAGUUUGUCAGGGUUCACUUAUCUGAGAAACAAACAUGGUACUGUAAAACUGUCACACGUUCUCUCUCUCUCUCUGGGUACAUUUAGUUGAAUUCUGUCUUAUUGUUCAGAUGUUAUUUUUGCUCCUAUGAUCUGAAUGGCUGCUAGGUUUCAGUUCUGCAUGUUUGUCCUGUAUGAGUCUUAGCUGUCAUACCUUUAGUCUGUACUGCCCUCCUGUGUUCUGGGUGACUUUUUAAAUCUAAUCUGCUUCAUUGACUCUUAAUCUCACUUUUCUGGAUUUAAAAGGCUCUCUUUGCUCUGUUAUUUGCCGGGUUUGACGGUCAUGUGAUAAGUUGCUCUUCACUCGUAGAGGCUUUUUCGUCUUUAUUCUGAAUAUGAGAAGUAUCUCAUAUCUCAUAGUAUCAUAGUAUCUCAUAGUAUCUCAUAGUAUCUCAUAGUAUCUCAUAGGUGUUACAUAGCUUGUGCUUAGUGAACAUAUCACACUAUACUGUGCACAUAUGACCAUGCAUGUUAACCAGACAAGUCUAUGUUAGAUUGACAGGGAACAUAGCCUAACAGGAAACCACAACUGUCACGCUAAUAUCCCCUGCUGCUUCCUGUUCAUGCAGAGCUGUCUGUUCAUGUACUAAAUUGGGCUAAGUUGGUGUGUAAAACUAAGCGGAACUUUCGGAUCUUUCAAGACAACUGUGAACUCUGGUGGGGGAAGAAUGUCAAAAUUCUGAUGUCUGUGAUCUGCCAAUUGGGAAAGUCGGCUCUAGAAAGAGGCCAGAGUUUCUGACGCAGAAUUAUGAGUUGGAUGACCUUUUAAAACAACAACAAAUCCCAUCAACUUUUUUUCUUUGAGUUCCCUGUUGUCUUGAAUGAAAGUCUUGAGAAUUCCGUGUUCUGAAUGUGGCAGAAAUUCACAUAUGACUGGGAUGUCCUGACGGGGCCACAAGUGAAAUCACAUAAUGUAAAAAAAUAUAUAUAUACUAUCGUGCUUCUCCAGUGACAUCACAUCUGCAAACAUAAAUAUCUUUUAUUAUUUUUAUAAAUGCCUCAUGGCUUUCUUGUCUCGACUGCAUCACGUGAUUCUGAGCAGAGGUGGUGGAUUUGUGAAGAUGGUUCACUUCAGGCCGUUUACCAUUGGGGGAAAAUAUAGUCAAGUUUCAGUCUGCUGAACAGGGUGGAUCUCCCAUCGACACCAAUGUGAUAGAUGGCAGCUGGGUCUGGUCUACUUUAUUGACUAAUGUAACCAGAAAGAAUGAGGGAGUGGGAUGUCUCGCUGCUGCGCCAUCUCUGAUUUUGAGCACCAGGACCUAGUACUAUGUGAGGGGUGGGCGCUAACAGGGAAUGUUGUUUGAACUGGGGCAUGUUCAGGGGAAUUCCUACGCAGUGAGUAAAGCCCAGGCCUACAGUGCCCUGAACCUCAGAGUAGCGCCUCCUGGUGGGAGAAGAGAGGUCGGAAAUGCUUGAGUCAGUUCAGCCAGUCCCAGUAAAGGCUUGAGAUAUUACUUACCACACAAUUGUCAAUAAACACGUUUGCCCCCAGUAAUUUCUUCUGUAUAGCUUUUACUCAUUUUUUUUAAGACGUGGGAGGGGCCUUGGGAUGAAACGGUUGUGCUACAUGUAUUUUUUUUAGGUUGGAAUGUUCUAAAGCAACACCUGCUUUGGCCAACAAACUCAAUAGAUAAGAUGUUUUUUUUCUUCAUUCUAGCUUUAGAAUGAAACUAAAGCCAUUGAAUUACAUCAUUUGGGAAGUAUUCAAUGCCACAACACUUGAAUGACACAAUGUAUAUUGUGAUGGAAAGUUUACUGUGAAUUAUAAACUGGGUGGUUCGAAUGCUGAUUGGCUGAAAGCCGUGUUAUAUCAGACCGCAUACCACUGGUAUGACAAAUCAUUUAUUUUUACUAAUCUAAUAAUAUUGGUAACCAGUUUAUAAUAGCAAUGAGGCACCUUGGGGGUUUGUGCUAUGUUGGGAAUAUACCAAACCUCCUCGGGCUUCAUUGCUUAAUUAGAGCAUGCUGUGCAGAAUAGGAAAUAAAAUGUUACUUUUUGAUAAGUAAAUCCUUAGAAAUAAAUGGCAAAAACUAUUGCCUAACAUGUAAUGCUUUUUCAAAACAAUUUUUUGUUUUUGAGUGCACAUACCUUUCUCCCUGUUCCAGCCUAUUCCCCUGUGAAUGAAAAGAAUCUUUCUGCUUGUUUUCCACUUAGUCCCUGUGGUGGAUAUGAGUGGUUUCACUCAGCCAGAAGUUUACGUACCCGCUCAUCUUCCACUCUCUCUUGAAUGGUUUUCAUUUUUUCAGUACAUUUCCUCAAGUUGUAAAGUUAUCUAUUUGUUUUUUAAAAUUUGUAACAGUCCUCGAGACCACCCAGAAUGCUUUGUAACCAAGAAUAUCAUAUCAAAUAACACUGUGUCCAUAUCGUCUUAUGUGUGAGGAGUGUACCAAGGUACAACGGCGUUAUCCUGUGAAUAAACUUUCUUUGUGUAGAGAAACAAAUAAAAAGAAAGUAGGUGCACAUUUCCAUACUGGUACCAGGAGGCUCAGGUCUAUGAGAGCUGUGUGACUGUCUGUUCUGCGAGUCAUGUAGUUGUGUGCAAAAUUGGAUGUAGACUUAACAUUUAUUUUUCAAUGCAGGUGUCACUGUUGUCAAAAUGUGAAUGUAUGCAUUUAAAAACAAAAACAUUCUGUAUAACUUGACCUGUGGAUGGUGACCUUGCAAGCAAAAAGGACGUUUUGGCUCUUACUCGUCUUUCACCUCUACUCUCUUCUUUUGGAUUAUUACUCCAGUUAAAUUGUGUUGUAGAAGAACGUGAUUAUAAAUAAUGUGAUUUGUCCCCCUCACACCUACACACAAUCAAAUGUAUUUUGUUUGAUCAUUUUCUUUCAGUAGUUUACAUUUUUACAUGCUUUUGGAAAAAUAAAUGAAGAUGCUGGUGAUAAGUGA